AUGUUUGUUUGCAACAGGUGGUUGGCAUUGGAUGAAGAUGAUGGACUUAUUCAGAGAACACUCUAUGAACAAAAGUCUUUGAGAGAAAUAGAACAACAAAAGCUUCCUUGGUUUGUGUUUGUUUACACUGGAUCCAAGAAAAAUGCUGGAACAAAUGCCAAUGUAAGCAUGGUUGUUUAUGGAGAUAAUGGCAAAUCAGAUCAGAUCUCUUUGGCUAACAACAACUCCAACUUUAAGCAGGGUGCUACUGAUGAGUUUAAAAUAAAUAUGAUUGACAUUGGAAUACCCUACAAGAUCAGAAUUUGGCAUAAUAAUUCUGGCAGCUUCUCAGGAUGGUUUCUAGAAAAGGUUGAACUUCGAAAUAUUGCAACUAAAAAAGAAUAUGUAUUUUACUGCAAUCGUUGGUUAGCAACUGAUGAAGAUGACAAUCAAAUCUUGCGAGAACUACCUGCCACUGGAGAAGGAAUAAAAAAACCAUUACCUGUGAUUACCUAUAAAGUUGAAGUGUACACUGGAGAUAUUCUUGGUGCAGGAACUGAUGCCAAUAUAUUCUUGAAUAUUUUGGGGGUAUUUGGAGAUACAGGAGAACGGUUUUUAACGGAUUCCAAAACAAACAAAAAUAAAUUUGAAAGACGAAAGAUGGAUGAAUUUCAAAUUGAAGCUGUGACAUUGAUGGAACUAAAAAAGAUCAGGAUUGGCCAUCACAGCAAACAUCCUGGAAGUGGCUGGUAUUUGAAUAAAGUCAUAAUCACUCCAAGUAAUGACCUGGACCACUCUUACACAUUUGAAUGUAAUCGUUGGCUGGCUGUUGAUGAAGAUGAUGGUGCAACAAUCCGAGAGAUUUUUACUGGAGGCUUUCAGAUGCUAAAGGCAACUACGUACAAUAUUCAGAUUAAGACUGGAGAUGUUAGAGGUGCCGGGACUGAUGCCAAUGUGUUCAUCAAAAUCUUUGGCAUCAAAGAUGACACAGAAAUAUUCAACUUGACUACUGCUGAAAACCAUACCAAUAAAUUUGAACGAGGACAUAUUGAUAUGUUUAAGAUUAAUGCUGCAGACAUUGGUGAGAUCAAAAAGAUCAAAAUAGGUCAUGACAAUAGUUUUCCUGGUGCUGGUUGGUUUCUUGAUAAAGUCAAAAUUGACAUUCCUUCAAAAGGAGAAUAUUAUAUCUUUGCUUGUCAUCGUUGGUUGGACACUGACGAAGAUGAUGGACAAACAGAAUUAUUUUUAAAACCAUCAAAAAUGGAAAAACGAGAAAAAUACUUAUCUUAUGAAGUGACAGUUUGGACAGGGAAUAAAAAUGGUGCUGGUACUGAUGCAAAUGUAUUUAUCAGACUGUUUGGGAAAAAAGGGAAGACUGAGAAGUACUUUCUGAGAAACAAAAAUGAUAAUUUUGAAGCAGGAAUGAUUGACAAAUUCAAGAUAGAAACUCGUGAUGUUGGCCAGUUACUGAAGAUCCAAGUUGGACAUGAUGGGAAAGGUGCCUUCUCUGAAUGGUUUCUAGAGAAAUUAUUAAUUCGACACUUCAGAACAGACAAAAAACAACAAAAACAUUCAUCCUAUGUCCAUGAUGAAAGAAAACAACUUUCGUCUCGGAAUGAAAACAUCAAAGACAAAACUGGAACAAAGUCUCAACAGUCAGCUAAAAAAGUUAGGCAAGAAGAUGAAAAGAGAUUAAAAGAUGACAUUGAAGAAUAUUGGUUUUUUGUCAACCAGUGGUUCUCAAAGCAUGACGAUGAUAAUGGAGCUCUUAUAAAAGAAUUUGUACCAACAGAUGCUGAAGGAAAACCUUUGCCAGGGAUGUCAGAAGAAAUUGAAUACACAGUGAAAGUCGUAACUGGUGAUGUAAUGGGUGCAGGAACAGAUGCCAAUGUAUUUGUGAAUAUCUAUGGGGAAUUGGGAGAUUCAGCUGAUCGACAACUGUCAAAAUCUGAUAAUCUCAAUAAAUUUGAAAGAAAUCAGGAAGAUGUCUUUACUUUGAAAGCUGUUGAUCUAGGUAAACUGUUGAAAUUAAAGAUCUACCAUGACAACAAAGGAGGAGGUGCAGCAUGGUUCCUUAAUCAUGUGGAGGUUAUCAAUUCUAAAACUAAAGACAGUUAUUUAUUUCCAUGUCAAAGAUGGUUAUCGACAAAAGAUGAUGAUGGACAGAUCUCAAGAGAGCUUGUACCUCUUAAUAAAAGAAAUCUUGAUAAAUCAGGUUCUAUCAGAGAAGAAGCUGCACUGGAAACAAAAGCAGCUGUAACAACAUUUUAUAUCAAAGUGAUAACAGGAAAUGUUUGGGGUGCUGGAACAGAUGCUAAUGUUUUCAUUAUUCUUUAUGGAGAUAUUGAUAAUACAGGACAAGUGUUUCUGAAAUCAUCACUUCAAAGUAAAAAUAAAUUUGAGAGAGGAAAUACUGAUGAAUUUGUUCUUGAAGCUGUUAACAUUGGAGAACUGAAAAAGAUAAAAAUUGGACAUGAUAAUGCUAGUUAUGGUGGCGCCUGGUUCCUUGAGAAAGUAAUCAUAGACUGCCCAUCACUCGGGAAGACAUGGACUUUCCCCUGUGGGCGUUGGCUGGCACUUGAUAAAGAUGAUGGCAAGUUGGAAAAGGAAUUGUACCCACAAGAGAUGGCCACUGAAAAAUAUAUUCCAUGUAUACCAUACGAGAUCACUACAUACACAGGUGAUGUAUCUGGUGCCUCUACAGAUGCAGAUGUCUUCAUUGUGCUUUAUGGUAAAACUUCAUCAACACAACAGAAAUUUCUUUGUGCUAAUAAGAAAGAAAGGAAGCAAAGAUUUAAAAGAAAUGGGGUUGAUAAAUUUGUUAUUGAAGUAAGUUUUUAUUAUUUUUUACUUUAA